CCCGUGCCUCAGUUUCCCCGUACCCCAUUUCCCCGUGCCUCAGUUUCCCCGCGCCCCGCCCGUGUCCAGGCUGCACGCUCGCUGUUUUUCUGUUUUUCCUCCUCAUUCCUUGAGGUUUUUCUUUUAUUUUUUUUUCUUCCCCCUGAAAAUUCCAGCCCUUCCCACAACCUCCGGCAGCACAACUUUCCCUCUGUCCUAAAUGGCAGAGUUGGAAUUUUUAUUUUUAUUUUUUUCCCUUUUUUUUAAAACUCCGGGCGGUGCCACGGUCACACCCGGAGGACGUGGCAACCCAAAAUCCACUCAAAAUCCACCCAAAAAUCCACCAAAAUCCACCCAAAAUCCACUCAAAAUCCACCCAAAAAUCCACCCAAAAUUUUGGGAUUUUACCCCAAAAUCCCCUUCCCCACGGGGAUCACCCAGCUGUCAUCACCGUGAGAGAAAAUUCAGAUUUUCCCCAUUUUUCUCACCCCUUUUUCCCCCCCAAAAAAAGAAAAAAAAUGGAAAAAUCCCUUUGGAGCAUCCAGGACCCCCCAAAAAAUUCCUGCACCCACCUCCCCCCUUUUUCCCCUGCUUUUUUUCCUCCUUUUUCCCUAAAAUUUCGCCUCCCCCCCAUCCAAAACCGCAUUUAUUUUUAGCAGCCAAUUGAGGAUGAAGGAGGAGGGAAAAAUAAACUCAAAAAAAAAAAAGGAAAAAAACCCAAACUCGGCGAUUUUUGUCCCGCUCGGAGCUGCAGCCAUGAGGAGGAACCAGGGGCUGCUCCUGGCGCUGCUCCUGCUCCCAGGGGUCGCUGAGGGCUUCAACAUCGACCUGGCGAGUUCCAGAGUGUUCCGGGGGCCAGCGGAGUCCCAGUUUGGCUACCGGGUGCUGCAGUGGGGGGGGGAUGGGGGCAAGUGGCUGUUGGUGGCGGCCCCGUGGGACGGGGAUGGCCAAGGGGACAUCUACAGGUGCCCCGUGGGACCCCAGAACUCCUCCUGUGCCAAGGGCAACCUCGGCGCUGCGGUCCCGUGGCUCAGCGGCAGCGCCGGCCGGCUCGGCAUGAGCCUGGCGGAGUCCGGGGACGGGGGGCUGCUGGCCUGUGCCCCGCUCUGGUCCCAGGAAUGUGGCACCUCCGUGUUCAGCUCCGGCCGCUGCGUCCGCCUGGACCGGCAGCUCCGGCUGGUGGCCACCGUGGCACCCACAGCCCAGCGCUGUCCUACCUUCAUGGACAUCGUGGUGCUUCUGGAUGGCUCCAACAGCAUCUACCCCUGGGAGGAGGUGCAGGCCUUCCUCGGCAGCGUCCUGGCGCGCUUCUUCAUCGGGCCUGGGCAGACCCAGGUGGGGGUGCUGCAGUACGGGGAGCACCUGGUGCAGGAGUGGGCCCUGGGGCAGCACCCCACGGCCCAGAGCCUGCUGGAGGCCGCCAGGAACCUGACCCGGCAGGAGGGGAGGGAGACCAGGACGGCCAUGGCCAUCCGGGAGGCAUGCACCCAGUCCUUCAGCCCGGCGCGGGGCGGGCGCCCGGGGGCGGCGCGGCUGCUGCUGGUGCUGACGGACGGCGAGUCCCACGACGGCGACGAGCUGCCCGCCGCGCUGGCCGAGUGCGACCGCCGCAACAUCACCCGCUACGCCAUCGCCGUGCUGGGGCAUUACCUGCGGCGGCAGCAGGAUCCCGAGGAUUUCAUCCGCGAGAUCAAGUCCAUCGCCAGCGACCCCGACGAGAAAUAUUUCUUCAAUGUCACGGACGAGGCCGCGCUCGGUGACAUCGUGGAUGCUCUGGGAGAUCGGAUCUUCAGCCUGGAAGGCACCCACGGGGACAACGAGAGCGCCUUCGAGCUGGAGAUGUCCCAGAUCGGCUUCUCCACCCACCAGCUGGAGGAUGGGAUUCUCUUCGGGAUGGUGGGAGCGCACGGCUGGGAGGGGGGAGUGCUGCAGGAGAGGCCGAGCGGGCGCCUGGUGCCGGCCCCGGCCGCCUUCCGGGAGGAAUUCCCGCCGCACCUGAGGAACCACGCGGCUUACCUGGGGUACUCGGUGUCCUCGCUGCAGCUGCCGGGGGGGCAGCGCCUGUUGGUGGCCGGUGCCCCCCGGUUCCAGCACAAGGGCAAGGUCGUCCUCUUCCAGCUGGACCCCGCGGGCACCGUGACGGUGGCGCAGGCGCUGGUGGGGGACCAGAUCGGCUCCUACUUCGGCAGCGAGGUGCUGGCCCUGGACCUGGAGGGGGACGGCGACAGCGAGCUGCUGCUGGUGGCCGCGCCCUCCUACCUGGGGGGGCAGGGCUGGGAGACCGGGAGGGUCUACGUGUACCGGGUGGGGCAGGAGCGCCUGAGCCCCGCGGGGUCGCUGCUCCCCGAGCCGAGGCCGCAGGACAGCCGGUUCGGCUCGGCCCUGGGCGCGGUGCCCGGGCUGGGCCAGGACGGGCUGGCCGGGGCCGUGGUGGGCGCUCCGCUGGAGGACGGGCACCGCGGGGCGCUCUACGUGUUCCACAGCGCGCCCGGCUCGCUCCUGCCCCGCCGCACGCAGCGCAUCGCGGCGGCGGCGCUGGGCUGGAGCCUGCGGUACUUCGGGAUCAGCGUGGACGGACGGACGGACAUGGACGGGGACGGACUGGUGGACGUGGCCGUGGGGGCGCAGGGGGCGGCCGUGGUGCUGCGGUCCCUCUGGAUCCUCCAGGUGGCCGCGGCGCUGUCGGUGGAGCCGGCGGCCGUCAGCGUCACCCGGCGGAACUGCCGGCGCGGCGGCUCCGGCGCCGUCUGCCUCCGCGCCCGCCUCUGCUUCCGCGCCCAGAGCCGCGCCCCCAGCGCCCCCCGGGGAAUGGGGGUGGCUCUCCGCUACAACGUGUCCCUGGAGGAGCGGAGCCCGGCGUCCCGAGCCGCCUUCGACUCCGGCGCCCGCCGGCUGCUCCAGCGCCGCGCCGAGCUCCCGCUGGGCCGCCAGAGCUGCACCCGCGUCCCCUUCCACGUCCUGGACACCUCGGAUUACCUGCGGCCCCUCAGCCUCGGCCUCAGCUGGGCGCUGGACGCGGCGGGCGGCUCCGUGCUGGAUGAGGCGGCUCCCACCUCCCUGCGCAAACUGAUCCCGUUUUUCAAGGAUUGCGGCGACGACGACGAGUGCGUCACCGACCUGGUGCUCAAGGCCACCACGGACAUCGUGGGCUCCAGGCAGAGCCCCCACAUCGUGCGCAAGGGCCGGAGGAGGAUGCUGGUGGAGGUGGAGCUGGAGAACCGCGAGGAGAACGCCUACAACACCAGCCUGUGGCUGCACCUGUCUGGGAACCUCCACUUCUCCAGCCUCGUGCUCCAGGAGCCCAGCUCGGUGAAGUUGGAGUGCUCAGCCCUGGGGGGGCACCGCCGGCGCUGCAGCGUGGGCUACCCCGUCUUCCGCUCGCAGGCCAAGGUGUCCUUCACGCUGGAGCUGGAGUUCAGCUGCUCCGUCCUGCUGGACCACGCCGAGGUCACGCUCAGCGCCACCAGUGACAGCACCGAGGUGACGCCGCAGGACAACGUGGUGACGCUGUCCGUGCCCAUCCGCUACGAGGCCAACGUGUUCCUGUCCAGCACCACCAACCUGUCCCGGUACGAGCUGCAACCCCUGGGGACCUUCAGCCCCAGCUCCGGCCCCGAGUUCAGCACCACGCUCAAGGUGCAGAAUUUGGGGUGCUACCCCCUCCAGAACCUCACCCUGCACGUGGCCCUGCCAACCCUGGGCCACCACGGGGCCACCAUCCUGUCUGUCACCAAGGUCCUGGCUGAGAAUGUGAGCUGCACCCCCCCCACUGAGGACACCCCGGUGGUCCCGGUGCCCCCCGAGGAGCUGCUGCACACCGAGAGGCUGGAGUGCUCCAGCGGGCGCUGCCCGCAGCUGCGCUGCCGCCUGGCGGGGCUGGGCCGGGCCGGGGCCGGCUCCGUGCGGCUCCUGCGGCGCCUCCGGGAGAGCUCCCUGCGCACGGUGAAGUUCAGGGUCCUGAGGAUCGUCACCAGCGUCUGGCUGGGGGUCCAGGGGGGGCUCCUGCUGCUGGAGGAGGGGGGGCAGCGCAGGGAGGUGCUGCUGGAGCUGCUGCCGGCCCGGGGGGUCCCGGGGUCCCUCUGGAUCCUGGGGGGCAGCGCCCUGGGGGGGCUCCUGCUGCUGGCCCUGCUCAGCCUCGGCCUCUGGAGGCUGGGAUUCUUCUCCCACCCGAAACCCUCCCGGGAGGAGGAGGAGGAGGAGGAGGAAGAGGAGGACGAAGAGCACUGAGGGGACAGCUCUGCUUGGUGACAUCCAGGACUGUCCCCAGGGCCACGUCCCAGGCCCUGCCGGGGUUGGCACGGCUCAGGGACGAGGAGGAGGAGCGGGAGGAUGAGGAAGGUCCGGGGAAGGAGCGGCUCAAUAAAGCUCCAGCCUGAGGAACUGCUGAGGGCUGCCGGGAAUG